UUUGGUGACUCUUAUUCGACAUCCGCCUGAAUUAAUGAAUGUCCCUCUUCACCAGCAACAAAACAAAUGCACCACGUUAGUGAAAAACAAAACCGCCGCCGCCACGGCCCUGCAGUUCACCUACCCGCUGUUCGCGGCCAACGCCUGCGCCGCCUCCGGGAACCCCAGCCUCUCCCAGGCGCAGAGUUCUAGCGGCUCCUGCUCCAUACUUGAAGCGGCCAAGCACCAGGACGUCGGACUGCCUAGAGCCUUUUCGUUUUGCUAUCAGCAAGAGAUCGAGGCCACGAAACAGACCUUAGGCGGCCGGAGCAAGGCUUUGCCCGAGCAGGUUUGGAUUAAAGUGGGAGAAGAAGCGCUAUGUAAACAAGCGAUAAAUAAGAGGAAUCGGAGUAGGAUGCGGCAGUUGGACACAAAUGUAGAACGAAGAGCCCUUGGAGAGAUUCAGAAUGUGGGCGAAGGGCCCGCGGCCGGCCCAGGCGUGUGGCAGUCCUCGGAGUCCUCCCAGCCCAACCUGGGCGAGCAGGCGCAGAGCGGGCCCCAGGGAGGACGGUCCCAGCGUAGGGAGAGGCAUAACCGGAUGGAAAGAGAUAGAAGGCGCAGAAUCCGCAUCUGCUGUGAUGAGCUGAACCUCCUGGUCCCGUUCUGCAACGCCGAGACCGACAAGGCCACGACGCUGCAGUGGACCACGGCCUUCCUGAAGUACAUUCAGGAGAGACACGGGGACACGCUGAAGAAGGAAUUUGAGAGUGUGUUUUGCGGUAAAACUGGCAGAAGGCUAAAGCUGACCAGACCGGACUCCUUGGUGACCUGCCCCACACAGGGGAGUCUGCAGAGCAGCCCUGCGAUGGAGAUCCAGUGACUGGACUGAGGAAGCCGCCGCCCCCACGCCCCACAGACGCGCUCUACUCUCCGGGACCCUGCGCUGGGGGCUGCCGCACAGGGACGCAGCGCGGGCGGCGCCCAGUCGGGUCUGGGAGAGCACACCCUGCGCAGCGCUUACAAAAUACCUAGCCACUAAUGUCCUUAGACCACAUGGGGUGAAGACAUCUUGGUAAUUAGUAAGUAACUUUCCAAUUAUCUGUCUGAUUCCAUCAUGUUUUUUUAACAUGAUAACUUAAGAAUGAGCACCCUGUACAGUUCUGUAGUCUUAAAAGGCACAUUGCUUUUUACGGAUUUUAUUUACGUUUUACAUACGCCCUUUAGGCAUUGGAGCAAGUUAAAUUACCCUUAACUAGAAGUAGUUGGCGUUCUGUUUAAUUGUUGUGUCAGUCCCCUGGUGAGGACCGCGCCCUGGCACUGUUGGCUCUCUGCGAAGCCCAGAGGCCCCCUGCGAGGACGCUGCCCGGCACCAAACACCCACUGGGCGUUGCCGGAAGGCCAUUUCCGUAGCGAGUCGUUGCUGUGUGUAAUAAACUGGUGUUCGGAAUGGA